UGAACCCGAGUGGAGAUUAAAACAAAGUGUCAAAUGGUUUGAACUGGAAAUGAAUGUCCCCCCCCCCCUGACAACCAAACGGAUUCCACCUUUAACUGGGACACACUCUGUAACUGUAACUGCAGUGAGUUGGAGGAGGUGAGAGUGCAGAGAGAGAUUUGACAUCUUAUCUUUUUUUUAUCUUAUUUUUGUAACUACCCAAAAACAAGAUAAAAUCCAUGUAACUACUAAAUAAACUAGUGGACCUGCUGAUACUUCUUAGUGACUUGCUGGUAGUCCCUGGACCUCAAUUUGGGAAAAGAGGAAAGACUCUUUCUACUCUGCAGUGACGUAAUGGAGGGAUAACACACCUUAACGUCACAUUUUUAUUUGCUAAUCUGUGCAUAGGUAACAUUUCAGGGUGACAUCCAAUACACUAGUGUUUCUCUAAAAAACGAAUUUAUGAAUUAAUUAAUUAUGAACAAAAUGUCCAAUACUCUCUUUCUUUAAAAGCCUUUAUUUUGACGGCUAUUUUAUAUCCAAAUCUUACAUUAAAAGUAGAUCUGGGCAGUCACCCACCCUCAUCGGCACAGAGCAGCCUUCUUCACUUUUUUCUCCUGAUUUAUAAGUUAUUUGAAAUCAGAUCAGUGAGGUUUUUUUAGACCCACAAUGCUAAAAGGCUCUUAGUGCGUCUUCGAAACAUGGAGAACGUGUCCAUCCCUGGUGGUGCCCCACCGCCAGUCUGCAACGAUUCUGUGGACUUCUACUCCCUCGCAUCAGGCAACCACACUGACCCGAACUGCACUCUCCCGUCUGAGUUUUACUUCUCUGCUGACCUUUACAUCAUUUUACCGGUCAUUUACUCUGUAAUCUGCGCAGUUGGGCUGACAGGCAACACAGCUGUCAUCUACGUGAUCCUCAAAGCCCCCAAGAUGAAAACGGUCACCAACAUGUUCAUCCUGAACUUGGCCAUUGCCGACGACUUGUUCACUCUGGUGUUGCCGAUCAACAUAGCCGAACACCUGCUGCACUACUGGCCUUUUGGCGAGGUUUUGUGCAAAGUCAUCCUGAGCAUUGACCACUACAACAUCUUCUCAAGCAUCUAUUUCCUGACAGUUAUGAGCAUUGACCGCUACCUGGUGGUUUUGGCUACGGUGAGGUCCAAGCGCAUGCCGUACCGCACAUACCGAGCAGCCAAAAUCAUCUCGCUCUGCGUCUGGAUCCUGGUCAUCCUCAUUGUCCUGCCUUUCAGCGUUUUCGCCGGCGUCUACAUGAACCCAACCGACGGCAGAAAGAGCUGUUUGCUCAGCUUCCCUAGCCCCGAGAGUUUGUGGUUCAAAGCGAGCCGGAUCUAUACGCUGAUCCUGGGCUUCGCCAUCCCCGUCUCCACCAUCUGCAUCCUGUACACCAUGAUGCUCUACAAGCUGAGGAAUAUGCGGCUCAACAGCAACGCCAAGGUGCUGGAUAAGGCCAAGAAGAAAGUCACCAUCAUGGUGUUCAUCGUCUUGGCCGUGUGCCUGUUCUGCUGGACGCCGUUCCACCUCAGCACCAUCGUGGCGCUGACCACGGACCUGCGGACCACGCCGCUCCUGAUCGGCAUCUCAUACUUCAUAACCAGCCUGAGCUACGCCAACUCCUGCCUCAACCCGUUCCUCUACGCCUUCCUGGACGACAGCUUCCGGAAGGCCUUCAAGAAAAUGUUGGAAUGUAGACCGGCCUGAAUGUACGACGCGGGGAA